AUGGCUAAAAUGGGCGCUAAAACAACAGGCCUUCUACGCAUAUGCGGACUCGGCCUUCUGCUUUGUGCUUAUUCUACUGCUACACCAGUUGAUAAACCGGAGCCGAACGCACCGGAAGUGAGGCCGUUAUCCACUGAAACGUCGGACACGUUGCUGCAUAAAGAUACCAAAGAUGAUUCCCAGACUGCAGCAUCCACAUCCAAAUCAGGUUUCUUUGAGAAUGGAGUUAACGGUACGGGACAGGAUUUGAGCGAUGUGUUUAAUACCAAAAUGGAUAACUCAGCUCAUAGUUUGUGCGACGAUGGGAAUGGCGAUACAGCUAACGUUUUACACGGUACGACAGAGGAGCGAUGUAUGAGCGAUGUUACGGAUCUUCCUACCAUGGGGAAUACAGUUCUUCAGUCCACAUCGUUAUCUACAGACUGCGAGGGAACGGGGCAUCAGAAGAAUUCGCAUUGCCACUCUGGGUAUAAGAAAGUUCACAAUGAAGCGCACCAGAGAGAUUCGCUUUCCACCCCAAAGGAAGCCAAUGAAGCCACAUCUACCUGCUGUGCUUCUAAAAAUGGUACGGCUGAGUCGAGCCAUGAAAUGAUGUCCACUUGUGGCAUGGCAGCUUAUUUUGAGAAUACCUACAAGUCUGUGAUACUAUUCCACUUUUGGAAAACGACUACAGCGAUGGAAUAUUUUGUCAGUCUGCUAUUCAUUUUUGUCUUAUCGCUGUUUACGGUAUUCCUGAAAGCCUUAAGAAAGAUGGCCAACAUGGCACUGCUUUCAAGGAACAACACAUGGCCAUACGCCUUGAAACAGCUGGCCAUGUUUUCGAUCGCAUUCGCAGUCGUUUUUAUGGAUUUUUCUAUGAUGUUGAUUGUUAUGACAUUCAAUGUUGGGAUAGUUCUCGUAGUUUGUACCGGUUAUGCUCUUGGCUACAUGUUAACGUGUUUCACAUUUGUUUUACCGGAGGAUUCUUGUGAAUCUCGGUGUUCAGUUGAAUGCGUUGCAGACUGUUGUUAG